AUGACCAUCCGUGACGCAAAUUAUGAUGUCAACCCACUUAUCAUGUCGGAUUUGGUCCAGAAGAUUACAGUCCCAUCUCUGCUAUACGGGUCCGAGCUAUGGUCGAUUCUUACUGUAAACGACAUUCUAAAUCUGGAACGUGUAUUAAGACUGGCUGCAAAGAUGUGCCAAAACGUUUCAUCACGAACACGCACUGACAUGGCUUUGGGACUUCUCGGGUGGUACCCAGUGAUUGCAAAUGUCGACAAACGAAAGCUGAUGUUCUUUCACAAGCUUUGCUGCAUGAACGCUAACUACACAGCUAAGAAAAUCUUCGACUACAGAUGGAGAUUAUUCAUGUUACGUAACACCACUGGUCAACGCGGUGUUAUACCGGAUUUAUACAAUGUGCUGAGGAAGUAUGAUAUGCUGAACUAUCUGACCUCUUACAAAGAAACAUUCUCGAUGCCGAGCAAAACAUCAUGGAAACGCAUUGUCAGCGCACGUGUUAGUGACUAUCACAAGCAACAGUGGCUUAUUCGUACCAGCGGAGACCCUGACUUUACUCGGUUUACAACGGUCCAUCCACUUCCUAGAAGGGCGUCUAUAUGGGCCGCCGCCGACUCCCCGACUGAAGUACGCAACGCCACGGUCGUGAUUCGUUUGCUGACGGACACGCGGACAAACGCUCGAUCGUUGUGCAGAAGAUGCAAUGUUGUUACAGACAAUCAUGAAUUCGAUCCCCUCCUUUUAUGUGUUUUCAGUACCAACGCUGUAAAUGUAAAACUUGCAGACAAGUACAAACUAUCAUUGUUCGAGAGACCAUUACCACUUAUCGUCAAACACGAUGAUGGUGAAGGUAACGCACUGUCUUACAACUAUGAUACCCUCGAGGAACUUAGCCAAAUUGAGGAGCCAUUAUGUGUCAUAGCUGUAGCUGGAUGUCUGAGGACUGGAAAAUCGUUCCUUCUUAGUCGCCUUGUACAGAAGUGCGGCCUUCCAGGAAAGGCUUUCACUGUUGGGCACUCAGCCAACGCACAGACGCAAGGAAUAUGGAUAAUGUGCAGACCUCAUCCUACUCAGGAAGGGAAGGUCAUUGUUUUUCUCGAUACGGAGGGCAUAGAUGAUCCAGAAAAGGUUGAAAUUCAAGAAGACACUUGGAUAUUCCUUAUUGCAACGCUUCUGUGUAAUGCUCUAGUCUACAACACAAAAGGAGUCUUUGAUGCUUCACAUAUCAGCAAAUUUAGAUUUCUGAAGGUGGUUCAUUCUAACGUGACGGUUGCAAGAGAUUCAAGUGAGGACGACAGUUUUCUCGAUUUCUUCUUUCCAAAUUUCGUUCUCGUUUUACGAGAUUACAAUCUAAAUACUGAUACAUCUGCUGAUAAACUCCUUGAAAAACGUCUAGUGUACAAGACUGGGGAAUCGGACAUUUUUAGGGAUUUCAACGAACCAAGGCAACUUAUUCGAAGAUAUUUCAAGAAUAGGAAAUGCUUUGCCAUCCCUAUCCCAUGCGCAAAGCCCGAAAAUCUAGAUUCAAUGCCAGAUUUUCUGAUUGAGUCAGGGUUUUUGCAACGUUUAAACGACUUGCACCAAUACCUAUGCCAAUGUAGCCCGAUGAAACUUAAAUCAGGAAAGCCUGUAAACGGAAGAAUGCUGAAAACGAUGAUUAUAUGCUACAUAAAUUCCGUGAAGAAAAACAUGGCACCGUGUUUAAACGAUGCUAUGAAACGGAUUGCUGACGAGGAAAAUCAGUUUGCAGUGCUGAAAGCGUCGGAAUGCUACAAAGAAGAAAUGAAAAAGAGGAUUAACAAAAGCAUGCCAAAUGAGAGAGGACUUGAGAAAUAUCACACUGAUUGCAUGGACGAAGCUAUGAAGAUAUUAAAGGAAAUUGUUGUUGUUGAUGAUGGAGAAAUAUUUCACCGAAAAGCAGCCGAAUGUUUCGAAGAUAAUUUGAAACGAUUCAAGUCAUAUGUAGAGAGAGACUCCCUUGACAGGUGUAGAAGGUCUUUAAAACAGCUGGACAUGAAAAUUCAACAGAACAUUAGAGAGAGAAAGUAUGCUCAUGUGCGUGGUUACAGCGAAUAUAUGGAAGACAUCAACACGCUUGCUGAUAAAUUCAUAAAGCAAGAAUGUUACCUUGGAUCAAAGACCAAAGCUGCCUUGCAGGAAUAUAUGGAUACAAAGGUCGAAGAAGAGCAACUUGUUUACGAAAUGGUUAAGGACAAACUUGAUGAUGAAUCAGAAUGUCAGUUGCGUCGCCUUUCAUCUAGUUCAGUCCCGAUUCCAAUGAAGUUUGCAGAUGUUACUGAAGGUGAACAGUCAGUUGAAAAAAUGGCACUAGAGUCAUUCGAAAAGUUGGAAAAUGAUGGACGAAAGAGUAUUGGAUCACAAUUUCUUGAGAACCUGAAAAUGAAGAUACAAGAAAUAGAGCAGGCUAAAGCAGAGUUAUCAGAAGACGACGCAUACUAUAAGAAACUUGUAGCAGAGUACGACAUCUGGGAUAAUAUUUACAAACAGGCGAAAUUCGCGAAAAAUCAGAAAUUGAUCCCCUCGGAGGAUAUACCGAUCAAUCCUCGACAGGCUGAACGGCAAGAAAGUAAAAAUAAGGAAAAAGGAUUGAAAAAACAACCUGCAAAUCCAGUAUGUCAAAUAAUUUAAAAACACAAGACACUCAGAAAUAUAU